CCUCCGCCCUUGGUGUCUCGCUAAUCGCAUCAUAUCUCCUCUUCAUGACGACGACGAAUUCACAACUGCUGCCCUUUGCAUUCAAUACUCCUGGAAACCCCGCGCUCUCUUCACAACCGCAGCAAUCACCAAAACAACAGCAAAGACAGCCUCACCAGUUACAACAUCCAAUGGACUCGAAUCCAGGCAUCCAACUCCCUCCUGCCUCCUCCGACUCCUCUGCCGGCACCAAUGACCCAGCUCCUCCGUCCGCGGGCACCGUCGGCCUCCUCGACGUAAUCGGCCAGCAACGCAGCAUCAGCAUCUUCGCAGGAUUCACCCGCGACGUUUCAAGCGUAGCCUCCCGACUGAGCUCCGGGGCAGGAUUACAGAAGGGAGGAAACUGCACCAUCCUUGCGCCACUCAACACCGCCAUGCGAGCACUUCCGCGGAAACCCUGGGAGGACGCCGCCGACUACGCCACGCUCGGCACGGAAGCCUAUGCCGGCGACGACGGCGAGAGCAGGGCGCAUGCCAACCUGAGGAGGUUCACCGAGGCACAUGUCCUCGUGAUGGAGCGGCCGGGGGCGUGGAAGGAGGGGGUUAAAGUCCCUAAUAUGCUGGGCCAGAUGAUCUGGUGGGAGAAGAAUGCCGAUGGCAAAGUCGUGGUACAGCCUGGUGAGGUUGAGGUCGAGAAAGUGGAGAGUAGGGUGGCGAAUGGGGAGAUUUGGAGUUUAAAGGGAGUGGUGGAUUACGCGUCUGCCGCGGAGAAGACGAAGGAGUAGUGGGACAGGCGCCGAUGAUUGACGAUUUUGAUGAUUGUGGGGAAGAGGAAUGAGUUGGGGACAGGACUGGAGUUGAGAUGACUUUCAUUCAUAUCUCAUCGACAAGUGCUGCACGCCUGACUUGACGAUUCGUGAUGACAUCUGUAUGUUUCGUCCUGAGUAUUAUUAAUGAACAACCAUGAUUCCUUUGCAUACUUUUCACAACAGAGGCGGGUUCCAGCGCUUGGGUGCCGUACUGUUGUGCCUUUGUAUGGGGAAUGUCGGUUGCACUUCGCCGAUUCAGGUAUUCAAAUUGCGAGCGCGGAUACAGACUCAGGAAUUGAGCCAGGCGCUCGGUCUCUCGCCA